UGACAGGGAACCUCAGCCUUCUUUUUGUUAGAAAUCUCUUUUCGUAGAGACUGAAUACAUCAUUCUGGAUGUUCAGUUUUGUUUUAUUUUUUUUUAAACGUCCUUGAUGUCUUAUGGAAAUGUUGCAAAAUCGGAAUGAAUUGAGCCACACCUGAGAUGCAAACCUUUUCCCCCCCACUCUUCCCUUAUCUUUCCCCUGUGCCUCUUUUACUUCUUUGCUCUCUGCACUUGAGAAAACAGUUGUCUCUCUUCCACUUUUUCUCCAAAGUGAGGAGAUUUUAGACUACAAGCAUUUUUUCGUUUCACUUCCUGGCGGCUUUGAUUUAUUCUUGGAAGCUUCCUCAUCACCACCAUCACUGCUGUGAAAGAAUUUAACUUUACUUUUCUACACCGAGGACAGUUGUGUGUGUGUGUGUAUUUUUUAUGGCUAACCUAAGAGGGUGAUGUCGGAUUGUUUACGAUGGCAAUAUACCAUUAAGAACAGACACCCUUGUGAAGCCUUUGCUUGUGCAACGGAUUGUUAUAAAGAGAAACUGAAGUGGAAUAACAGAAGUGUGCAACCACUCCUUGGCAUGCUUCUUGUAUCCUCGGUGAGGGGACUGCCAGAGAUGUUGCAGACAAUUUAUGAAACUGAAUCGUGUUUUUCUUCAGAUGGAGUUUCUGGACGUGAGCCAUCGCUGGAACUCCUGUCGCGGGCACAGAUACAUGCCAUACCGGUAGCAGCUGUUGACUUGAAGCCAGUGCUUCCUGUGGUGAUGCAGAGCUCUUGCAAUAGCAGCAACAACAGCAGCCCAGUGGACUUGCGGAUGGAUGCCCGGCCCAGUGUGCCUGCUGUAGAUCCAACCGUCCGAGAACAGCAGCUACAGCAAGAAUUACUGGUCCUGAAACAACAGCAGCAAUUGCAAAAGCAGCUGCUCUUUGCAGAGUUUCAGAAACAGCACGAGCAUCUAACACGGCAGCAUGAAGUCCAGUUGCAAAAGCACCUCAAGCAGCAGCAGGAGAUGCUGGCAGCAAAACGUCAACAAGAACUGGAGCAGCAGCGUAAACGAGAACAGCAGCGGCAGGAAGAGCUGGAGAAGCAGCGUCUGGAGCAGCAGCUACUUAUCUUGCGCAACAAGGAGAAAAGCAAAGAGAGUGCCAUCGCCAGCACUGAAGUGAAGCUGAAGCUUCAGGAGUUCCUUCUCAGCAAGUCAAAGGAGCCAGCUACAGCAGCUGGCUUGAACCAUUCCCUCCCUCAGCACCCUAAAUGCUGGGGGGCUCACCAUACCUCAUUGGACCAGAGUUCCCCUCCCCAGACAGGAAGCCCGGGAACACCAUCCUCUUGCAAACUACCUUUACUCGGCACUUACGAUAGCAGAGAUGAUUUUCCGCUUCGGAAAACUGCCUCAGAACCCAACUUAAAAGUGCGCUCCCGGUUAAAACAGAAAGUUGCAGAGAGGCGGAGCAGCCCCCUGCUGCGGAGAAAAGAUGGGACCGUCAUCAGCACCUUCAAAAAACGAGCAAUUGAAAUCACAGUGUCUUCAAUGUGCAACAGUGCCCCUGGGUCUGGCCCUAGCUCACCGAACAGCUCCAACAGCGCCAUCACAGAAAAUGGGCUUACUGGUUCAGUGCCUAAUAUUCAUACUGAGAUGCUGCCCCGAGCUGUCACCAUGGAUGGUUCAGCUAGCCAACUCAGCUUAUAUACUUCCCCAUCUUUGCCCAACAUUUCCUUGGGACUUCAGGCUACAGUCACAGUGACAAAUUCACACCUCAGCGCCUCUCCGACUCUUUCCACUCAGCAGGAAGCAGAGCGUCAGGCCCUCCAGUCGUUACGCCAGGGGGCCCCCUUGACAAGCAAGUUCUUGAGUAUGUCAUCUAUCCCCAGUUGCCUUCUGGGGGUGGCCCUCGAGGGUGAGACCAACAACCAUGGACAUGCUUCCUUGCUUCAACAUGUCCUGCUCCUGGAACAGGCUCGACAGCAGAACACACUAAUUGCAGUUCCUUUGCAUGGCCAGUCUCCUCUGGUGACAGGUGAUCGCAUCCCCUCCAACCUGCGGUCUGUAAGCAAGCUGCCUCGGCAUCGCCCACUGAGCCGCACACAGUCAUCACCACUGCCCCAAAGCCCUCAAGCGCUGCAGCAUUUGGUUGUGCAGCAACAGCAUCAGCAGUUUCUGGAGAAGCAGAAGCAGCAACAACAGAUCCAACUGGGAAAGAUCAUAACAAAGACUGGUGAGUUGCCACGACCACCCACCACCCACCCUGAAGAGACAGAAGAGGAGCUGACUGAACAACAGGAGACUUUAGGCUUAGCCAUGGGCCGAGGGCCAUUUGUGGUGGACGGGUCAACAGAAGGUGAGGGGACGCAGGAUGGCCUGGAGGAGGAGGAAGAGGAAGAAGAAGAGGUGGAGGAAGAGGAGGAAGAGAAGGGGGCUGAAGAAGAACGUUGCUGUCUCCAAGUAAAGGACGAAUCUGGGGAUAACAGGCUGGAAGAAGAGCAGGAGGUUGAAGAGCUUGGAGUGACUUACAGGCAGGUAUUUGCAGAUGCACAUCAGCUGCGGCCCCUUCAGCUCUACCAGACACCCCUGAAUAUCAGCACUCUCCCUCAUCAAGCCCUCAGCCGCACCCAAUCUUCCCCAGCCAGCACUAGCCUGAAGAGCAGUACAGCUGAACCCGUGGCCAGCCAUCUUUACACUACAGGUGUCGUUUAUGACACAUUCAUGCUGAAGCAUCAGUGUACAUGUGGAAACACUAAUGUUCACCCAGAGCAUGCUGGGAGAAUCCAGAGUAUCUGGUCCAGACUACAGGAGACAGGAUUGCUAAGCAAGUGUGAGAGGAUACGAGGCCGGAAAGCAACAUUGGAUGAAAUCCAGACGGUGCACUCAGAACAUCACACAUUAUUAUAUGGAACCAGCCCCCUAAACCGGCAAAAACUUGACAGCAAAAAAUUGUUAGGUCCGCUCACUCAGAAGAUGUACACUGUCCUUCCAUGUGGUGGAAUUGGGGUUGACAGUGAUACAGUGUGGAAUGAGAUGCACUCAUCCAGUGCAGUCCGCAUGGCUGUUGGAUGCUUGGUGGAACUGGCAUUUAAAGUGGCAUCCGGGGAACUUAAGAAUGGAUUUGCUGUUAUACGGCCACCAGGUCACCAUGCGGAAGAAUCCACAGCCAUGGGCUUCUGCUUUUUCAACUCUGUUGCCAUUGCUGCCAAGCUUCUCCAGCAAAAACUUGCCAUCAGCAAAAUUCUCAUUGUGGACUGGGAUAUCCAUCAUGGCAAUGGCACCCAGCAAGCAUUCUACAGUGACCCUAAUGUGCUUUAUAUAUCCCUCCAUCGUUAUGACAAUGGCAAUUUCUUCCCAGGCAGUGGAGCUCCUGAAGAGGUUGGCAGUGGGAUGGGUGUAGGUUACAAUGUAAACAUUGCCUGGACUGGUGGUGUGGACCCCCCCAUUGGCGACGUGGAGUAUCUGACUGCCUUCCGGACUGUGGUGAUGCCAAUAGCUAAUGAGUUCUCCCCAGAUGUGGUUCUCGUUUCUGCUGGCUUUGAUGCUGUGGAAGGGCACCUGUCUCCACUGGGUGGCUAUUCUGUCACAGCAAAAUGUUUUGGGCACUUAACCAAGCAGCUGAUGAAACUGGCGGGCGGACGUGUGGUCCUAGCAUUGGAGGGAGGUCACGAUCUGACAGCCAUCUGUGAUGCAUCUGAAGCCUGUGUUUCUGCCUUGCUUGGCCUUGAGCUGGAGAAGCUGGAUCAAACUCUGUUGCAACAGAAACCCAACCCAAAUGCUGUGGCCACAUUAGAGAAUGUCAUUGAAAUCCAGAGCAAGCACUGGAACUCGGUGAAACACUCUGCGGCAAUUGUCAGUUGCUCUUUGCUGGAAGCACAGAAGGGGGAAGCAGAGGAAGCAGAGACAGUCAGUGCUAUGGCAUCGCUGUCAGUGGACACGGAACAGGGGAAGGCAGACUGCAGUGUCCGACAAGCAGAAGAACCAAUGGAGGCUGAGCCCGUGUUGUGAAGUGCCAAGACUUCGAUUUGUGUAGCUGUCACUCUGUGGGUUAAUUGGUCAUUUGUGAGUUUGUUAAAACAACAACAACAACAACAAAUUAAUUUUUUAUCUAUUAAACAAAAACGAAAAAGAAAAAAAGAAUUGCACUGGACAAAAUGAGCCCAUAUGUGUGUGUGCGUAAUCGCGUCAGUCUUCUGGCAUUUGUUCUCACCAGCAUCACCAUUUUGUCCUAACUCUUUGGGGAUUUGUGAGGGGAAUGGUGGGGGGCUUCUACGUGGGCAUCUCCUCUGUUAUUCCUUUCUUAGACAUCAUUCCCCCCCUGCCCCCCUCCUAGGCCACCACAAAACUCAUCCCAUUCUCAGGACUGAGAUAAGCCAUGCCAUAUGCUGCCCUCUUGUGAAGUUAAUUUAGACACACACACACAUACACACACACCUCGUUUGUAGUGGGAGAGGUAGUUUUCUUUCCUCUUCAAAGUUUCCCCCAGUUUCAGGAUCCUUUCCCUACUCUAUAUAAGCAAAUGGACAGUUUCCUUCCAUUUACUUAUGUUGGAGUCAGGGGAAGGGGGUAGUAAUCCAGGGCUGAGGCAAGGCAGCUGACAAUUGCCCUUCACAUCUUUCAAGGGUCUCGGGCAGGAAAGAGAUUGUGCUUUCUUUCCUUUUAAAGAUUUGCUACGUAGCCUUGCUUGGCCCAUCUCUGGGACUCAGCUGCCCAAGACUGCCACCAGCCCUGCUUGUUCAUUGGAUUGGAUUGGUCCUCUCCCACCUUACUGAAUCUGUUCCCAAAAUGCCAUUUCUCUCCUCUGGAUUAUUUGCACAUUGAGAAGGGAUUGAAGGCUAACCCCCAGGUAUAUUUCCUAGUAUCUUUUCCUUACCUUACCAAUUUCUAAUCUUAAUAUCAUAACAUCCACCCACCCAUUUAGAUCCAAACUCUUAGGAUUUUUAAUCCUUGCCUUUGUUGCCUAGAUCUUUCUCCUGAUCCAUCUCAACUGUAAACUCUUCCUCAAUAUGUAUAGUUCUGAAUUGAUCUCGAGAGAGCCCCAAGGUGAGGAGAAAAGAAACAUGUGUGCCUUUAAGUCAUUUUUGUUAAUGCCUUAAUUUCCCAGUGAAUUCACAUUUUCUCCUCCAUACCUCACUCAUCCCACCUCUUCUUAGUUAACCAUCUCUAUGAGAGUAUAUAUAUUAAAGAAAUCAUGUGUAAUCUCCAGCACCAGUGCACAUUUGGCCCUGAUCCAGCUUUAGCCAUGUGAAAAACUGCUAAUACAUGUGACUUGUUGGGGGAAUAAUAUGGGUGGGGGAUAUGUAACCCAUCUGAAUAACUAUUCAAAAUGGCGCAGUGCUGAUAGAAUGCAUUCUCACUCAGCUGUGCAUUUAGUUCUGCAUCUGAAAUGCGUGUCCAGUUCAUGCCUGCAGUUCCCAGUCUGGCAAGUGAUACACACAUGCAAGCAUAUUUACAAGAAUAGAUCUCCUUCGCUGGAUCAGGCCAUGUGUCAUUAAAAUCCCUUUUGUGAUGAAGAUUCUGCUUAUGUUGACUGUUCCAUGACCAAUGCUUUCUGGACGUUUACUCUCUCUUUUUCUCUCUAUUCUUCUUCUUUUUCAUUUUGUCAUUGUUUGAAAGACUCCUUAUCACUUAUUGUAAAUAGUUUGAUUUCUUGUAUCACAUGCACAAACUUUGUUUUGAUGAAAAUAUGUCCAUUCAUAAAGAAAAAGAAAAAGGAUAGAAUUCCUUGCUGUUACUUCACCAGCUGAAAAAAAGGAAAAGAAAAAAGGACAAAAAAUAGAGCAAUUUUAGCUUUUAAAAGAAAUGGAUAUAAAGAAAAAAGGUAUAUAAUUUUAUUACAGAUGUAUUAUUUAAUAGUAUUUUUUUAAUGUGUACCACAAAACUCUCCUUUCCUUUGGAAAGUUGCUAGCAGGGAUAAUGCAACAAGGGAAAAGAUGGGAGGCUUGUAUUGUUUUCACUAAUUCAGGGCAAAUGGGAUUUCUAAGCCGUGUGUGUGGGGAGGGGGGUGGGAGGCUCAGGGGCAGGGUGGGCGUUGUGUGGAAUGUGAGACUGGGAUGUGUUUUUACCUGCACUUACUGUUGUUUAAUCUUGCCAGGACCUGUUUCAGGGACCGUUGAAUUUGCUUUGGGUUUGGUCCUAUCAAAUGUUCCAUGAUGGAGGGACGUUGUUUCUUCGUUAGUGUAUUUUUAAUGGGAUAAUCACAUCACUAUGAUAGAUCGAAUGAUGGAUUGAGCAAUCCAUUCCACUCUCCCUUCCUUCACACUGAGGUAAACAGACCAGUAGCCAGAUGUAUUAUGAUUGUUCAGAAAUUGGAAACAGGGUGGCCAAGACUGUUGCUUCUUUCUGGCACAAGCUUGUGUCUGAAGCUGAGCUUGAAAGCACUAGUGAAAAUGGCUGACAUGCAACUGUUGGUCAUUCCCUUAAACAUUUGUAGCACAUUGGCGUUAAUCACAAUUCGUUGUUUAAGAUAAAUGAGAAGAGUGCCCGGCAAUCUCCCCAGUGACUCUUAAAAAUAAUGUUUCUGCCACAAUGUGCAUGAAAGUAUGAUGUAUCAGCAUUAACAUUAAAUCACACACAGAGAAAUGGACAUUGUUAAGCUCUUGUUGCUGAAAAAAGUAACCCAUUUGCCAGAUUCCUAUCGCCCCCUUGUUCUGGUUGCCUUUCCUUGGUCUGUUAGGUGUGUAGAUUCCUCUCUGCUCUCCAAGAGCUAUGGUGCUGGGAGGGGGAAAAUAGGCCAGGAUUUUAUAAAAGCCACUGUGGGGUGGGGAAUCUGUUCCAAAAAAAAAAGGAGAGGAGGGAGAAAUCUUCAUGUGGACUGCUGUCAUAAGAACACUUCGGGCAUCUAGAGAAACCUUUGUAGUUCAGUCUACUUGCUGAGCUGCUCAUAGUAGUUGUUUUGCUGUGCCGUAGCAUUAAAUCACAAAUGUUUGUGCCAUAGGUGGAUGCUGUGGGUUAGGGGGAAGAUCCCAUGCUGAGAUGCUGAGGGGUAUUUAAGACUGAAUCCAGGUCACUGAGCAAUAGAGAACAGAUAGUGGGGUUUCUCAUCCCCUUUUAUCCUUUCUGAAUUUUCACGCCUCUUUUCUUUGUAAAACUCCAUCUCUACAAGUGAAUGCUUUGAAGGAAUUGUGAAGGGAAAAAAGCCAUAUGCCGAGGGAGAGGGAAAAGUAGUGAUAUGUAUGUAUAUAUAUAUAUAUAUGGGAGGAAAGAUUAGCUUGAUGGCUUAUGAACAGAAAACCCCAUCCUUAACAUUAACUACUAAAACUUUUGUUCCCAAGCUGACGGUGUCUUGAUGUGUUGCGCUACAACGCCCAUAAUCGUUGUCAUUACAUCAGAUUUGCUGGAAAUAUUGGGAGUGCUGUCCAAUAAGUCUGGAAGAUACCAGCUUACAGAAGCCUGUAGUAUAGGGUAGCCCCAUUGUUUCUGGGAACUCUACAUCUGAAAUGCCAGCACCCAUGGUUAUUAAUGGUGGAAUAAGAAUUUAAGCAAUAUUAAGAUUUGGUGCUUUUGGCACCCUCAAUAUUGUAACCUCCGUAAGCCAGCCUCUGCAUUUUCCCGGUUUAUUCCAAACAUGAGCAUGAGUACAUGGCACAUGGUACCACAACGCCAUAUUGCCAGAUUCCUCCAUACAAUACGGAGGAGAUAAGCUAACAUGGAUUGCAGGUGAUCACAUUUUUUCAUUGUUGUUAAAUGCCCCCCCAUGCCACUUCCAUUUUUGCUUCCCUCCCCCUUUGGUGUUUAAUCCUUUUUUCAUAGUGGAGGGUCUCCAGUCUUCAGCUGCUCAAGACAUUUUUCAGCCUAAAUAUAGUGCCUGUCUAUCUUUUAUCUUAUCAGGGGAAAACACCUUGAGAAGUCUUGCUGUACUAUUCAGAUAGUGUUUCUGCCAUCAUCUAUGCCUCCAUCCUGAUUCCAGUAGAAUGAGAGAAUCAGUUCCCAAAGAUUUGUUCAAAUGAGAACUUCCCACAUUCCUAGACUCUGGUACCUGUAACGUGUAUCACUGAUGUAGACAGGGAUCUGCAUGGGACUUUUUUUUUCUUUCUGGAGAAAGCCUUGGAAUCUUCCCAUACCUUUAAAGUCCAUUUGACUAAUGCACUGAGCUCAGAUGCUUUUGCUGUUCCUCUUUGCAGUCUUCAGCUGAGCCUUAAAAAAAGAAGACUAAGCAUAACAUUUGUUCAUUGGAAUUGUUACCACUUUGUUGGUUUUAAAUGGGAAUUGAAAAGAACUUGCUCUGCUGUUGAGGAGGAGAAAGGUUAGUGAUCUCAUAAGCAAGAGGCAGUCAGUGCUGUGCAGGACUGAUCUUGGAUGGUCUUGAUCAUCUGCAUCUCCAAAUGAUACAUAGUGAGUAUGCUUCCAGAGUGCCUCACCCACUCAAGUUAUGUACAAUUGCAAUUCCUGUUAAUGCAUCUUUAGCCAAAUGUGGAACUCUCAAUAGGCAUGAAAAGGAAAUAGAAUGUGGCAUGUGGUUUUGCUUCUUCCCACUGUAGAUUGCCUAGCCUGUGCCUAGCAUGGCGCACAUGAGCUCACACUUCUACUGAGUUGACAGGCAAGAGGGUCCACACAGGCUUUGUAUCUGUGCUUCAUGAGAUUUCAUACAAGACGUUUUUGUUCCCAGUUCACAUUUCUGUCUCCAGCCACCACUAAGGUCUUGCACUGUACACUGGCUGUAGGUUCAUAACAUAUACAUGAAAGUACUCUUUAAAUAGCUACAGAGCUCUUGCACAGAAUAAAGCAACGGGUUGCACCAAAGUGUAGUGACAGAUCUAAUGACCUUUAAGUUAUGGAAUGGUAGAUGCCACUUGAACAUUUGAAGAAAUUUUGUGUCUGCUAGAACAGUUUAACAAAAACUAGUAGCCUAAGGCAGAUGCUGUAGCUCUGGAUUUCCUGCAUGAAGCAGGGUUUUGAAAUAGAUCAGUGUUCUCCAAUCUGAUGUUCUCUAAGUGUCUUACUUUUGACUACAAUUUCCAACAUUCCUGACCAGUCACCAUAUUGCUGGGGCUGAUGGGAACUGUAAUCCAAAACAUUUUGAGGGCACCAUGUAGGUAAUCUAAAUUAGAUUAUCUGCAGGGCAUUCUCUUCGUUCUAUCCAAAUGGCUGCAGAUGUGUAGAACAUAUGGUCCUCUGGAUGAUUUGGACUAUAGUUCCUGUAAUCCCUUACUAGUAGCCAUGCAAAUGGUGGCUUCUAAGAGUUGUCCAAUAGGUUUCUCCACUCUUAUUUUACUAAGUACUGGAAGCAAGCAUGCUACACACAUCUCUUUCCUUUUCAGUGAACACAUUUUGGUUCAUUUGAAAAAAGGAGAGAGGAACUUAUAUCUAGGCAAGGAUCAACAUGGACAAAAGCCAACCAUAUAACUUUUAUAAUUUCAGAAAAAAAAAACUUUCAGGAAAAAAAAUCACACUUUACUCCUAGAGAUUUUAAGACUAACAGAAGAGAAUAGGAUUAAUUUGCUUAUCAAAGUAUACAAAAUGUCUUGAUGAGCAGAAUUAAUAUGGGAAACUUUUGAAGAAGUGUAGUUCGUUGCCGCUAUAAAUUGACACAUGAUUUUAACAUCUGGGGGCUGCUACACUGUUGUCACAGGUUGGAAUUGCAAUUACACAGGGAGAAGAUGAAUUAGGACUUGAAUUUUCAAGUGUAUAAGAGGGGAAAAAAACCUCGCUGAGAUAAGUAUGGCUUACUCCUAGCCAGGUAAAUACAUCUAGAGUUUUAAGCCUAAAUUGCAUUUACACCUCACUGAAUUCAGUAGGAGAAGCUGGUCAUGGCUUAGUUCCCACUGAGAUCAGUGGGGUCUUAUGCAUACCUAACUACCACUGGUUCCAACUCAUGAACCUCUCUGAUUUGAAUUUUUGGGGUAAUCGUAUUCGUUUGAUAUGAUCUGGUUUUACAGGCAAUCUUUACACAGGUAUAGAGAUUUUUGGUUCCUGGAGGAUAUGACAGUGGAAUAAAGGAUAGCCGCUUAUGGAGCGUCAGAGAGAAAAAAAGGGCUACAAGCACUCAACUGUGAAUAUAAAUGUUUUUUGAGGAAAGGGUAUACAGUCAGUAUAUACAAAGUAUAAAAUGCAGUCACCAUGUGUUAUUAACAGCAUGUAUAAUUUUGUACAUAACAGUACAGUAUAUGCAAAAAUGUAUAAAUGAGUUCAGCAGAAAUGACAUGUUUUGUCAAUAGGAUUUCCAAAUCAAUCCUUUCUUUGGAUUCUUCUUCAGAAUUCAGCCUUUAUGAACACUGCUGAUAGUUUUCAUUUCCUGGGUGUAAUGCUCCAGGUGUAAGGCAUUCAAGGACUGGAAAUUUUUCAAGGCAGGAAAAUGGCACCUACAGGCUGUGUGCACUCCAAGAGCCCCCACCAAGCAAAGAGGGCUCCUCUUGCUUCUCCCAUUCCUUUGUCCCUCUCCAUAAGUACAGUGCAAAUGUAUGAUGAUGGAUGAGUGGCCAAUAAAAUGCUAAAACCAUAUGUGGAUUUGGGUGGGUUUUCUCCGUAUGCUUGUAGCACUUCUUUUUUCUCUGGAUGUUACAAGGAUGGCCCAACUCCUACCAGCCAGCAUAGCCAGUGAACUGGGAUGAUGGGAGUUGUUGUCCUGGAAACAUGUGGACUCUAUAUUAUAGAAGGAGGCAGUUUUAGGAGAACUGAGACGCUUCAUCUUGGCACUUUUCUUUCAUUCAGAAAAAGGGAGACACACAGUCACCCAAACCAUGCCUUCUUUUUCACAUAUGCUGCUGUUCUCUUCUGGUUUGUGAGAUAUGCACCUCUCCCAAGAUCAACAAAAAGCUUCUGCCCUGAUAGCUAUACUAGGCCUGAGGAACCUUUGGCUCUCCAGAUGUUUACCCUCUAGUUCCCAUCAGCCUAUCUCAGCCUAGCCAGUGGUAAAGAAUUGUGGGAAUUGUGGGCAAAAGUAUUUGGAGACCCAAAGAUCCCCAGCCUUGGGCUAUAUAGUGCCUGACACACCAUUGCUUCCCUGUAACUAUAUGAGUGGGAUGACCCAUGGAGGCCUGGAUGCAGUCUUUUCUUUCCCUCAGCAAUGCAGGUCUUUUGAGUGUUUCAAUUUACCCCUAUUCCUGCCUUGGAUAAUCCCAUAGCAUUGGAGUGCAAACAGAAGUGUCCUAUGUAAAUUUAAGAAACAAAAUUAAAUCCAAUAGGAGGCGUUAACACACCUCUUUCCCCUCAUCUGCAAAACAGAUUUCAGCAAAAUCUGGUGUCAGUGUGAUGUUACAUACAGUCAGUAUGUUUGGAAGGGACACAUCCUCCUAUUAGGAUUUGUCCCAUCUACACAUCUUUUUUCCCGUAGUUCCUCUCAUUCUCUUCCCCCCCCCCCAUUUUGCAGCUGAAGCGAUAGGAUUCUGUAGGAAGAGAACAAAAAUGUCCACCAGCCAUUGUUUGUUUUUAUCUUAAGAGUUUAUUUAGGGAGAGGGAGAAUUCUGAGCUGGCCAAGAGUAGCAACUACUUUGAGAAGCCAUUAGUCCUUAGGACAACAGCAUGGAACAAUUGUGUGUGUGUGCGUGUGCGCGUGGGGGUGUGCAUGUUUGCCAACUCCUACUCUGUGGGAGUCCUCUUAAUAGGAUUUCACAUCAGUAUUAAGUUGUCCAGGGGGCUGUUCUUGUGGAAGAGAACUGGGAUUUUUGUCAUUUUUUUCCUAACCAGCCCCUUUUCCAUUUCACUGAAGAUACCCCCCUCCAUAAGUGGGGGAUGUAGGGGUUUCCCACUUUUCCUCAUGCUUUUUGUCUCUGUCUCUCUUUCUCUUUCUCUCUCUCUCUCUGUUUAUCUUGCUCUGAAUACAAUUUUCAGUUGAGUAUUUUGUAAUAUGUUCCAAUGUUUGUCCUUGUGUAAAUAAAAUUGUUUCUGGCAAUAA